CUUUUCAAUAUCUUUGACGACCAUUGCCAAAGGAGAUGAUGACUAGAUCUAUGUAGAUCUAGUUCUGCAUGAUGAACUCGAACACAGUGAAGACCUUCUAUCAGCUUACUCUCAAGAACAUCUUCCCUCCUAUCACGUAUGCAUUUGCCUAUGGCUCUGCAGUUGUUCAACAACACGGAAGGCCAAAGGGCAAAAUGCUUGAUCUUGUGUUUGCUGUUGAUGAUCCACGAGAAUGGCAUAAAAGCAACCUGCAGCGGAAUGGACAUCAUUACUCAUUUCUGAGACAUCUUGGUCUAGACACUGUCGUGAGAUUGCAGCAAUUAUCGGCAGGCGUGUACUAUAAUACACUGGUUACAGUUGAUACACAGCUGUUGAAGUAUGGUGUGAUAUCUACUGAUGACUUACUAAACGAUCUGCUAAAUUGGAAAUGGCUAUAUAUUAGUGGAAGAUUACACAAGCCGGUGCUUUAUCUUACUAAAGAAUAUCAUUCCCCAAUUUUAAAUGCUCUGAAAGACAACCAUCGAUCUGCGGCCAUUUGUGGCGUACUACUACAGGACAGAGCAGAGUUCACAGAGGAACAACUUUUUAGCAAAAUCACCGAGUUGUCCUAUAAUGGGGACUUCCGACAGUUGGUGGGAGAAGACCGGCACAAAAUAAACAAUAUCGUGGCUGCAAGCCAUUCUGAGUUCUCCCGGCUCUACCGUCCAUAUUUGGAUGAUUUAGUGGACUACUCUAGUGGAAAAUUAAUAAAGAGACCAGACGUGUUAAAGAGCCAACUUCAAGUAUUACCCCUUACUGUGCGAGAACAUCUCGAAAAUGGAAUGAAAUUAGAUGAAGCUCUGAAGGCUAUUGUUCGUGCGAGCAGCAUCAAGCAGAGCAGUAAAGGGGUAAUAACUGCAGGAUUGAAGAAAACGGCCAAGUACAGCUUUUCAAAACUACAGAAGAUGAUCAAGAGCUACCGUUAAAAAAAGUUUUAUUGUCCAUUGUCCUAAACUCUAGCAUCUAUUGUCCAAAAACUCCAAACUAUUGUAGCAUUGUUUUGUGAAUCCACAGACACUAUAUUAUUUCUUGAUUUAGCACUUAUACAGCUUCCAAAAAACUUUCUCUUUUAUAA